AUGGCCCUAGCCUUCACGCUCUACACCGUCCCAGACCAUGACGGACCCUCCACCUCCAAAUCGAUCCCGCUCCAGAGUACAGGCCUCGGUGUAACACUCAUUCCUUCAACGACAAACGCGAGUCCGACCAUCACCCUUGAUUACAAUGUUCCACCAGCUCCUCCUCCCAUCUUCACAGAUAACAAUGUUCCACCACCUCCUCCUCCCAUCUUCACAGAUAACGAUGUUCCACCACCUCCUCCUCCCAUCUUCACAGAUAACGAUGUUCCACCACCUCCUCCUCCCAUCUUCACAGAUAACGAUGUUCCACCACCUCCUCCUCCCAUCUUCACAGAUAACGAUGUUCCACCACCUCCUCCUCCCAUCUUCACAGAUAACGAUGUUCCACCACCUCCUCCCAUCUUCACAGAUAACGAUGUUCCACCACCUCCUCCCAUCUUCACAGAUAACGAUGUUCCACCUCCUCCUCCCAUCUUCACAGAUAACGAUGUUCCACCACCUCCUCCCAUCUUCACAGAUAACGAUGUUCCACCACCUCCUCCCAUCUUCACAGAUAACGAUGUUCCACCACCUCCUCCUCCCAUCUUCACAGAUAACGAUGUUCCACCACCUCCUCCUCCCAUCUUCACAGAUAACGAUGUUCCUCCACCACCUCCUCCCAUCUUCACAGAUAACGAUGUUCCACCACCUCCUCCUCCCAUCUUCACAGAUAACGAUGUUCCACCACCUCCUCCUCCCAUCUUCACAGAUAACGAUGUUCCACCACCUCCUCCCAUCUUCACAGAUAACGAUGUUCCACCACCUCCUCCCAUCUUCACAGAUAACGAUGUUCCACCACCUCCUCCUCCCAUCUUCACAGAUAACGAUGUUCCACCACCUCCUCCUCCCAUCUUCACAGAUAACGAUGUUCCAUCACCUCCUCCUCCCAUCUUCACAGAUAACGAUGUUCCACCACCUCCUCCUCCCAUCUUCAUAGAUAACGAUGUUCCACCACCUCCUCCUCCCAUCUUCACAGAUAACGAUGUUCCACCACCUCCUCCUCCCAUCUUCACAGAUAACGAUGUUCCACCACCUCCUCCCAUCUUCACAGAUAACGAUGUUCCACCACCUCCUCCUCCCAUCUUCACAGAUAACGAUGUUCCACCACCUCCUCCCAUCUUCACAGAUAACGAUGUUCCACCACCUCCUCCUCCCAUCUUCACAGAUAACGAUGUUCCACCACCUCCUCCUCCCAUCUUCACAGAUAACGAUGUUCCACCACCUCCUCCUCCCAUCUUCACAGAUAACGAUGUUCCACCACCUCCUCCCAUCUUCACAGAUAACAAUGUUCCACCACCUCCUCCCAUCUUCACAGAUAACGAUGUUCCACCUCCUCCCAUCUUCACAGAUAACAAUGUUCCACCACCUCCUCCUCCCAUCUUCACAGAUAACGAUGUUCCACCACCUCCUCCUCCCAUCUUCACAGAUAACGAUGUUCCACCACCUCCUCCUCCCAUCUUCACAGAUAACGAUGUUCCACCACCUCCUCCUCCCAUCUUCACAGAUAACGAUGUUCCACCACCUCCUCCCAUCUUCACAGAUAACGAUGUUCCACCACCUCCUCCCAUCUUCACAGAUAACGAUGUUCCACCACCUCCUCCUCCCAUCUUCACAGAUAACGAUGUUCCACCACCUCCUCCUCUCAUCUUCACAGAUAACGAUGUUCCUCCACCACCUCCUCCCAUCUUCACAGAUAACGAUGUUCCACCACCUCCUCCUCCCAUCUUCACAGAUAACGAUGUUCCACCACCUCCUCCCAUCUUCACAGAUAACGAUGUUCCACCACCUCCUCCCAUCUUCACAGAUAACGAUGUUCCACCACCACCUCCUCCCAUCUUCACAGAUAACGAUGUUCCUGUGUUCUUCUAUUUUGGUUUGGGCACCCCUAAGGUUCUCUGGCAGACUAUACCGGAGGCUGAGGGCAAAGUAACUAAAAGCCGCCUCUCCAUGCCUCUUGGUCCCAGACUUUUGGAUAGUUUAAAGAGGAGUGGAGAACAGCAAGGGUCUCUGAUAGACCAAGAGGCUGCUCACUGUCCCAGUGGGUGA